AUGAACUUUGUACUGCUAGUCCUAUUGGCGCCUAUCGCCACAAGCUGGCCGUUCGGUGACGAGUCAUUGGAGAAGACACAGCAAUGUUGGAUGGACACCGAGGUCUACGUGUUGUGUGGAGGCUGUGAGGGGACGUGUGCGCAACCGACUGUGAACCCAUGCCGAGAGCGUUGCAAGCCACCGCGUUGUGAGUGUCCGUCGGAGAAAGGAUAUGUGAGUCACGGCCACUGCAUCCAUGUUAGCGAAUGCCCUGGCCCGUCGAUUUUCAGCAUGGAUCCGGAUCGUGUUAACGUGUCGCCAAAUCAGGCUAUGAUUAAAGCUGACGCACUACAGCCUGUAUCCGGAGUGAACGUAGGCUCGGCACCAAGACGUCUCCUCGGCUCUGAAGUCCUCGAUCAAAGACCCAAAAAAUAUUUCCCAGUCGCCAACACCAAGGGAGGCGCCCGACACCAGCCUCGCCGCUCCCCACAGAAAAAGUUUGUCCAUCGACGACGGCUAGUGCGGCUU